GCCAAUGGCUCCCAAACACAUUCCUAUCCGUGCAGAAGUGGACUCUCCGUGGUAACACUUCUUAUAGAAACCCUGAUCAAGGUGGAUUCCAGAAGCUUCAACAACAUCUUUGGCGUCUCUUGCUGCUGCUGCUACUAAGAAAGACGGAGCGCGCUAGGACUAACACAGAUUGGAGCUCCUCUUCACCUUCGGCCCCCUCUUUCCUUUCCUCAAAGGCUCUGAGCAAAGCAGCAUUCUUGUGCCCCUGCCGCUUUCAGAGGUGAACGGGUUAAGCUUUAGCUCAGCCUCCCUUUUCCUACUCAGUUCUUCCUGUGGCUGCUUCCCACUGCCAAAAAGGAAGCAAUCCUAUCCGUCACUGCUGAGCGCUAAUGCUGCUGUCACUCCAGCCAGUCAAGUUCCCUAAAGUCCUUUGAGAAAAUUUUGGGACUUUUCACUAAAUCAUACAAAAUUUACCUUUUUCCUCCUGGGAGCCAAAGAUAUUUUUAGAGAAGAAUUAAUCUUUCGUUUCUCCAGUCGAACAUUUUCUAGCAAUCAGAGCCAUGCAAAUAGAGCUCUCCACCUGCUUCUUUCUGUGCCUUUUGCCUUUCAGCUUUGGUGCCAUCAGAAGAUACUACCUGGGUGCGGUGGAACUGUCCUGGGACUAUAUGCAAAGUGAACUGCUCAGUGAGCUGCACGUGGACACAAGGUUUUCUCCUAGAGUGCCAAGAUCUUUUCCAUUCAACACCUCAGUCAUGUACAAAAAGACUGUGUUUGUAGAGUUCAUGGAUCAGCAUUUCAACAUUGCCAAGCCCAGGCCACCAUGGAUGGGUCUGCUGGGUCCUACCAUCCAGGCUGAGGUUUAUGACACAGUGGUCAUUACACUUAAGAAUAUGGCUUCUCAUCCUGUUAGUCUUCAUGCUAUUGGUGUAUCCUACUGGAAAUCUUCUGAAGGUGCUGAAUAUGAGGAUAAAACCAGCCAAAGGGAGAAGGAAGAUGAUAAAGUCAUUCCUGGUAAAAGUCAUACCUACGUCUGGCAGAUCCUGAAAGAAAAUGGUCCAACGGCCUCUGACCCACCAUGUCUCACCUACUCAUAUCUUUCUCAUGUGGACCUGGUGAAAGACGUGAAUUCAGGCCUCAUUGGAGCCCUGCUGGUUUGUAGAGAAGGGAGUCUGACCGAAGAAAGGACACAGACCUUGCACGAAUUUGUACUACUUUUUGCUGUAUUUGAUGAAGGGAAAAGUUGGCACUCAGGAAAAAAUGAGUCCUUGACACAGGCUGUGGAUCCUGCAUCUGCAAUGCACACAAUCAAUGGCUAUAUAAACAGGUCUCUGCCAGGUCUGAUUGGAUGUCAUAAGAAAUCAGUCUAUUGGCAUGUGAUUGGGAUGGGCACCACCCCUGAAGUGCACUCAGUUUUCCUCGAAGGCCACACAUUUCUUGUGAGGAACCAUCGCCAGGCUUCUUUGGAGAUCUCACCAGUAACUUUCCUUACUGCUCAGACACUCCUGAUGGACCUUGGCCAGUUUCUACUGUUUUGUCAUAUCUCUACCCACCAACAUGAUGGUAUGGAAGCUUAUGUCACAGUAGAUAGCUGCCCAGAAGAACCCCACAUGUGGAAGAAAAAUAAUGAAGAAGAAGAUUAUGAUGAUCUUUAUGACUCUGACAUGGACGUGGUCAGAUUUGACGGUGACAGCGCUCCUCCCUUUAUCCAAAUCCGCUCAGUUGCGAAGAAGCAUCCUAAAACCUGGGUCCACUACAUCGCUGCUGAAGAGGAAGACUGGGACUAUGCCCCCUCAGUCCUUACCUCCAGUGACAGAAGUUACAAAAGUCUGUAUUUGAACAAUGGUCCUCAGCGGAUUGGUAGGAAGUACAAAAAAGUCCGAUUUAUAGCUUACACAGAUGAAACAUUUAAGACUCGUGAAGCUAUUCAGUAUGAAUCAGGAAUCCUGGGACCUUUACUUUAUGGAGAAGUUGGAGACACACUUUUGAUUAUAUUUAAGAAUAAAGCAAGCCGACCAUAUAACAUCUACCCUCAUGGAAUCACUGAUGUCAGUCCUUUGCACACAGGGAGAUUUCCAAAAGGUGUGAAGCAUUUGAAAGAUAUGCCAAUUGUGCCAGGAGAGAUAUUCAAGUAUAAAUGGACAGUGACCGUAGAAGAUGGGCCAACUAAAUCAGAUCCUCGGUGCCUGACCCGAUAUUACUCAAGCUUCGUUAAUCUAGAGAGAGAUCUAGCUUCAGGACUCAUUGGCCCUCUCCUCAUCUGCUACAAAGAAUCUGUAGAUCAAAGAGGAAACCAGAUGAUGUCAGACAAGAGAAAUGUCAUCCUCUUUUCUGUAUUUGAUGAGAAUCAAAGCUGGUACCUCACAGAGAAUAUUCAGCGCUUCCUCCCCAAUGCAGAUGGAGUGCAGCCCCAGGAUCCAGAGUUCCAAGUCUCCAACAUCAUGCACAGCAUCAAUGGCUAUGUUUUUGAUAGCUUGCAGCUGUCGGUUUGUUUGCAUGAGGUGGCAUACUGGUACAUUCUAAGUAUUGGAGCACAGACUGACUUCCUGUCUGUCUUCUUCUCUGGAUAUACCUUCAAACACAAAAUGGUCUAUGAAGACACACUUACCCUAUUCCCCUUCUCAGGAGAAACUGUCUUCAUGUCAAUGGAAAACCCAGGUCUGUGGGUUCUGGGGUGCCACAACUCAGACUUUCGGAACAGAGGCAUGACAGCCUUACUGAAGGUUUAUAGUUGUGACAGGAACACUGGUGAUUAUUAUGAGGACACAUAUGAAGAUAUUCCAACCCUCUUGCUGAAUGAAAACAAUGUCAUUGAACCCAGAAGCUUCUCCCAGAAUUCAAGGCACCCUAGCACUAGGCAAAUGCAAUUCAAAGCCACCACAACUCCAGAAAAUGAUAUAGAGAAGACUGACCCUCAGUCUGGAGAGAGAAUGCAGCUGCUUAAAGAACAAAGUGUCUCCUCUAGUGAUUUGUUGAUGCUCUUGGGACAGAAUCCUACUCCACAUGGAUUAUCCUUAUCUGAUCUCCAAGAAGCCAGAAAUAAAGCUAAUGAUCAUUUACCUAGAGCAAUAGAAACAAACAAGGGCCCGUCUGAAGUGGCACAUCUCACACCAGAGCUCCAUCACAGUGGGGAAAGAGUAUCUACUCCUGAGCCAGAGCUGCCAUUAAGAUUGAAUGAGAAUUUGGGCACAACUAUAACAGUAGAGUUGAAGAAACUUGAUUUUAAAAUUUCUAGUUCAUCGAACAAUCUAAUGACUCCACCAACAAUUCCAUCAGGCAAUUUGUCAGCAGGUACUGAAAAGACAGGUUCCUUAGGACCCCCAAAUAUGCCAGUUAAUUUUAGUAGUCAAUUAGGUGCCAUUGUAUUUGGCAAAAAUUCAUCUCACUUUAUUGGGUCUGGUGUACCUUUGGGCUUGAGUAAAGAAGAUAAUGAUUCCAAGUCGUUAGAAGCAGUUUUAACAAAUAGUCAAGAAAGUUCACUGGGAGAAAAUGUAUUAUCAGUGGUGAGUGAUAGGUUAUUUAAAGAGGAAGGAGUUCGUGGACCUGCUUCAUUGACCAAAGAUGAUGCUUUGUUUCAAGUUAAUAUCUCUUUGGUUAAGACAAACAAGGCACUAGUUAACUCAACAACUAAUACAAAGACUCACAUUGAUGACCCAGCAUUAUUAAUUGAGAAUAGUACAUCAGUCUGGCAAGAUAUUAUGUUAGAAAGUAAUACUGAGUUUCAAGAAGUAACUUCCUUGAUUCAUGAUGAAAUGUUUAUGGACAAAAAUACUACAGCUUUGGGACUAAAUCAUGUGUCAAAUAAAACUACUUCAUCAAAAAAUAUGGAAAUGAUCCACCAAAACAAAGAAGACUCUGUGCCACUAGAUGCAGAAUAUCCAGAUACAUCAUUCUUCAAGACUCUGCCAGAUUCAACAAAUUGGAUAAAAAGGACCCAUGGCAAGAACUCCCUAAGCUCUGGGCAAAGGCCCAAUCCAAAGCAAUUAACAUCUUCGGGAUCAGAAAAAUCUGUGAAAGAUCAGAAUUUCUUGUCAGAGAAGAAUAAGGUGGUAGUAGGAGAGGAUGAAUUUAGCAAGGGCACAGGUCUUAAAGAGAUGAUUUUUCCAAAUAGCAAGAACGUAUUUCUUACUAACUUGGCUAAUGUCCAAGAAAAUGAUACACACAAUCAAGGAAAAAAGUCUCAGGAAGAGAUAGAAAGGAAAGAAAAAUUAAUCCAAGAGAAUGUAGUUUUGCCUCAGGUGUAUACAGUGACUGGAACUAAGAAAUUUCUGAAGAACCUUUUUUCACUAAGCACUAAGCAAAAUGUAGAAGGUUUAGAUGAGGAGACAUAUACUCCAGCACUUCAAGACACCAGGUCAUUAAAUGGCUCAGCAAAAAGAGCAGGAAUUCACAUGGCCCAUUUCUCAAAAAUAAGGGAGGAAGCAAACUUGGAAGACUUGGGAAACCAAACAAAGCAAAUGCUAGAUAAAUAUCCAAGCACCACAAAGAUGUCUCCUAUUCCAAGUCAGCAGAAGGCUAUACCUCAGCGUGAUAAGCGGGAUUUGAAACAAUUCAGACUCCCACUAGAAGAAAUAAAGCUUGAAAGGGAGGUAAUUCUGAAUGACACCUCAACUCAGUGGUCCAAAAACAUGAAAUAUUUGACCCAGGGCACCUUCACACAGAUAGAGUACAACAGGAGGGAGAAAAGGGCCAUUACUCAGUCAUUCUUAUCAGAUUGUUCUAUGAGGAGUCAUGACAUCAUUCAAACAAAUGGCUCUGCAUUACCCAUUGCACAGGUAUCAGUAUUCCCAUCAAUUAGACCUACAGAUCUGACCAAGAUUCCAUCCCAGGACAACUCUUCUCAUCCUCCAGCAUCCGCCUGUAGUUAUAGCUUUGUGGAAAGGAGUUCUGGGGUCCAAGAAAGCAGUCAUUUCUUACAAGGAGCCAAGAGAAAUAACCUUUCUUUAGCCUUCCUAACCUUGGAAGUGAUUGAAGGUCAAAGAAAGAUCAGCGCCCUAGGGAAACGGGCCACAAACUUACUCAUGUACAAGAAACUUGAGAACACUGUUGUCUUGAAACCAGGAUUGCCUGAAGCAUCUGGCAAAGUUGUUCAUCAGGAAGACUUUUUCCAUACAAAAACUAGCAAUGAUUCUCCUGCCCACCUGGAUCUCAGGGAAGAGAUACUCCUUCAGAAAACACAGGGACUUGUUAAAUUGAAUAAAGUAAAUAGAUCUGGAAAAGUGCCCUUUCUGAAAUGGGCAACAGAAAGCUCUGAAAAUACUCCCCCCAAGCUGCUGGGUCCCCUUGCUUGGGAUAACCAAUAUGCUACCCUGAUACCAAGAGAAGAGAAAUCCCUAGAGAAGUCACAAAAACACACAGCUUUUAAGACAAAAGACAUCAUUUUGCCCCUGGACCCUUGUGAAAACAAUCAUUCAAUAGCAGCAAUAAAUGAAGUACAAGAUAAGACCCAAAGAGAAGCCACCUGGGUAAAGCAAGGAGGGACUAGAAGGUUGUGGUCUCAGAAUCCACCAGUCUUGAAACGCCAUCAAAGGGAAAUAACCCUUACUACUUUCCAGCCAGAGGAAGACAAAAUUGACUAUGAUGAUACUUUCUCAAUUGAUACGAAGAGAGAAGAUUUUGACAUUUAUGAUGAGGAGGAAAAUCAGGGCCCCCGCAGCUUUCAAAAGAGAACGCGACACUAUUUUAUUGCUGCAGUGGAGCGGCUCUGGGAUUAUGGGAUGAAUAGAUCCCCCCAUGCACUAAGAAACAGAGCUGAGAAUGGAGGUGUACCUCAGUUCAAAAAGGUGGUAUUUGAGGAAUUUGCUGAUGGCUCCUUUACUCAGCCCUUAUACCGUGGAGAACUAAAUGAACAUUUGGGACUCUUGGGACCAUAUAUAAGAGCAGAAGUCGAAGACAAUAUCAUGGUAACAUUUAAAAACCAGGCAUCUCGUCCCUACUCCUUCUAUUCUAGCCUUAUUUCUUAUGAGGAAGAUCAGAGGCAAGGAGCAGAACCUAGAAAAAAGUUUGUCAAGCCUAAUGAAACCAAAACUUACUUUUGGAAAGUGCAGCACCAUAUGGCACCAACUAAAGAUGAGUUUGACUGCAAAGCCUGGGCUUAUUUUUCUGAUGUUGAUCUGGAAAAAGAUGUGCACUCAGGCUUGAUUGGACCCCUUCUGAUCUGCCGCACAAACACUCUGAGCGCUGCUUAUGGGAGACAAGUGACAGUGCAGGAAUUUGCUCUGUUUUUCACUAUUUUUGAUGAGACCAAGAGCUGGUACUUUACUGAGAACAUGGAAAGGAACUGCAGGGCUCCCUGCAACAUCCAGAUGGAGGACCCCACUUUUAGAGCAAAGUAUCGCUUCCAUGCAAUCAAUGGCUAUGUGAUGGAUACACUACCUGGUUUAGCAAUGGCUCAGGAUCAAAAGAUCCGAUGGUAUCUGCUCAGCAUGGGCAGCAAUGAAAAUAUCCAUUCUAUUCAUUUCAGUGGACAUGUGUUCACUGUACGGAAAAAGGAGGAGUAUAAAAUGGCAGUCUACAAUCUCUACCCGGGUGUUUUUGAGACAGUGGAAAUGCUACCAUCCAAAGUUGGAAUCUGGCGGAUAGAAUGUCUUAUUGGCGAACACCUGCAAGCUGGGAUGAGCACUCUCUUCCUGGUGUACAGCAAGAAAUGUCAGACUCCACUGGGAAUGGCUUCUGGACGCAUUAGAGAUUUUCAGAUUACAGCUUCAGGACAAUAUGGACAGUGGGCCCCAAAGCUGGCCAGACUUCAUUAUUCUGGAUCAAUCAAUGCCUGGAGCACCAAGGACCCCUUUUCCUGGAUCAAGGUGGAUCUGUUGGCACCAAUGAUUAUUCACAGCAUCAUGACCCAGGGUGCCCGUCAGAAGUUGUCCAGCCUGUACAUCUCUCAGUUUAUCAUCAUGUAUAGCCUUGAUGGAAAGCAGUGGCGGAGUUACCGAGGGAAUUCCACUGGGACCUUAAUGGUCUUCUUUGGCAAUGUGGAUUCAUCUGGGAUAAAACACAAUAUUUUUAAUCCUCCAAUUAUUGCUCGGUAUGUCCGUUUGCACCCAACGCAUUACAGCAUCCGCAGCACUCUUCGCAUGGAGUUGAUGGGCUGUGAUUUAAACAGUUGCAACAUGGCCCUGGGAAUGGAGAGUAAAGCAAUAUCAGAUGCACAGAUUACUGCCUCAUCCCACUUAAGCAAUGUGUUUGCCACCUGGUCUCCUUCACAAGCCCGACUUCACCUCCAAGGGAGGACUAAUGCCUGGAGACCCCGGGCAAAUAAUCGAAAAGAGUGGCUGCAAGUGGACUUCCAGAAGACAAUGAGAGUCACAGGAGUAACCACCCAGGGGGUGAAAUCUCUGCUUACCAGCAUGUAUGUGAAGGAGUUCCUCAUAUCCAGUAGUCAAGAUGGCCAUAACUGGACUCUGUUUCUUCAGAAUGGCAAAGUAAAGAUUUUUCAGGGAAAUCAAGACUCCUUCACACCCGUGGUGAACGCUCUAGACCCCCCGCUGUUUACCCGCUUCCUUCGAAUUCACCCGCAGAGCUGGGUGCACCACAUCGCCCUGAGGCUGGAGCUUCUGGGCUGCGAGGCGCAGCAGCAGUACUGAGGCCCGGUCUCUCCUUCCUGGCCCCGGGCCCUUUCCUGAUUUGGGUCCAGCAUCCCUCUGAGCCCGCCCUCCAGGUCACUCCUGCCCCACGCUGCCCAUGGUGCCAUCGUUUUUCUAUGUAUUUCAACUCCUCAGUCCCGGCAGAUAUUCCCUGAAGCCUCCCAAAUCAAUCGUCAUGUGUCCUUCGUUCUCUGGGGCUGUUGCAUCCAAUUUACCUCUUGCGCAUUUGCUGUGGCCGCUCCCAGAUUGUUCCUUCCUUCCAAGGUAAUCGGGCAAAAAGCAAUGAGGAAACUCAGCUGGAAAGCAUUCUCCUCCGGACACGGCCACCACUUCCUCCUCUGUGGUGACCAAGAAAGGUCAUGAUCAUACUAGGCUUCUAAAGGACAUAUUUUUAAUAUUUCCACAGAAAAAUGAGGAAAAUCCAUGGCUCUCUGGGAUAGGAGAUACAACAUUGUAAUUCUAAUCAUGCACUCAUUUUACUCCCUUCUCAGCUAAUUUCCUGCUGAAACAACACAACAAAAUGUACCAGGAAAUUCUGUUCCCUAACUGCCCAAGAGGAACCCCCACCUCACCCCAUCCCUGACAGAUAAGGUUGGGAAUGGUUUACUGUCCUGUAAAAGUCCAUUAAGGUUAGAGGUUAAUUUACAGAAAUCAAUAAGGUGAUAUGGUUUGACUCUCUGUAAAAGGUUAACCACUUGUAUGUCUAACUUAAUCAUCUUGUUUUGGCAUUCUUUUCCCAUUGACCACAUACAUCUUUAUUUUUCAAAUGCUCUUGGAACCAGCUCUUUUGUCUUCCCGCUGGUUUCCUCGAUAAUCAGUUAAACAAAACAUUGACAUGUGAAAACAAAUGCCUUUGAGAGUUGUGCUUUUAUACUGGAAAUAAAAAUGUGAACAAUGAAAUUUUAUAAUUUAUGAGGUGAAGCUAACUUAAAAAGUUAGAAAUGGAGCCUUGAUCCAGUAGCAGAGAGAGAGAUUCUUAACCUUGACAUCCAUUAGCACCAGAAGGAGUAAAGGCAGUAGUCUGGGCUCUGGCCCAUCCCACAAACCCCCCUUUUAUAAGUUUUCUAGAGGUUGUGACCAACCAGAAUCCGGGAGAGGCUGCAGCAGAAUGUAGUGAACCUAAUGUGAGAAAUGCUGUACUUGCAUCGCCCACAUCUCCUGGGAUCCCUUUUACGAGUUCAGUGUUUGCAAUCAUACUCCAGCUGGUUUGGCUAAUGGGGGACCUGUAUUCAGAAACCUACGAGACCCUGAUGAAGAUGACACAGAUGGACAAAUAUACUGUGUUCAUGGAUUGGAAAAAUUAAUAUUGUUAAAAUGACAAUGCUACCCAAGGCAAUCUACAGAUUUAAUGCAAUCUUUAUCAAAAUACCAAUGGCAUUUUUCCAGAAUCAGAACAAACAAUUCUAAAAUUUAUAUGGAAAUACAAAAGACCCUGAACAGCCAAAACAUCUUGAGAAACAAGAACAAAACUAGAGGAAUCAUGCUCCCUGACUUCAGACUGUAUUACAAAGCUACAGUCAUCAAAACAGUAUGGUAAUGGCUCAAAAACAGACAAAAACAGACACAUAAACCAAUGGAACAGGAUAGAGAGCCCAGAAAUAAACCCACACACCUAUGGUCAAUUAAUCUAUGACAAAGGAGACAAGAAUAUACAAUGAAGAAAAGACAGUCUCUUCAAUAAGUGGUGCUGGGAAAACUGGACAGCUACAUGUAAAAGAAUGAAAUUAGAACAUUUCCUCAUACCAUAUACAAAAAUAAACUCAAAGUGAUAUAAUUAUUUUGGAAAACAAUCUGGCAUUAUCUACAAAAGUUGAGCAUAAAGAUAGCCUGUGGCAACUCUGUUGGGUAAUGACCUAGACCCAGAACUGCCAUGUGAACCAAGAGACAGGGCAGCACUACCCAUAACACUUCCAAACUGGAAACAACCCUUAUUGCAUAUAUUUCCUAGUGGCUCACUUUAAUUGCAGUAGAGUAAUCCAUUAUAUAAUAUAUAUCACAAUUUAUUUAUCCAUUGUUUUUCUGACUGAUUCAUUUAUGCCAGUUCUUCUAUGGAGCUGAUCAUCCUUUUUAAAAAAUUGAUUUGUAAGAGUUCUUUGUAUGUUAAGGACAUUAACCUAUUAUCUGUCAUAUAUGUUGUGGAAUUUUUCACCUAAUUUGUCAUUAAUCUUUUAUCUUUCUUUACAAUGUUUUGCUGUAUGAAAGCUUU